AUGUUCCGCAGAUUUAAGGAGAUCUCUUCUGAUAUUAAAACGUCGAUCCGACGCGAAGAGAAAGAUGGCAAGCACGAGAACGAGACCGUGGUCCAUGUAACGAUGGUCAAGUACUUCCGAGAACGAGGCUUACAACCUCCUGAAUGGCUGGAACCGGAUCACCACAGUAAACCUCUUCAACACCGAUUGUCCCUAGAGAAGAUCCAGUCAGGUAUCCGAGAAACCAACCAUGCCAUAAAGGGCCAAGUGGAGCAUAUACCAAAGAUCAAGGCGUCACGUUUCAGCCCGCAGAAGUCCUCGGAGCCGUCCUCCUCCAACGGCAUUCCUCAGGCCCCGUUGCCUAGACGCACUACGACAAACAGCAGUGCGUCCAAGACAGCCCAUAGCAUCACAUCGCGCUUCUCGUCAACUCAAGGGAGCCAUUCUGCGGGCCAGAGUCACUCCCGACCAGCAAAUAGCAGGUUCAACAUCAAGAAGACGUAG